AUGGAUUCUAGAAUUUCCCCAAAUUUUGUUCCUAAUUACAAUCAUGAAUUAUUUGUAGGUCAUGGUGACAAUACUAACCAUUCUCUUUCUACCAAACAUCUGAAUGGAUUGAAUUUUGAGCAAUGGGAACGCUCAGUCCAGAUUUCUUUAGUGGCGAAGAACAAGAUGGGAUUUGUAGAUGGUUCUUGCAGAAAACCAGCAGAUCCUCAGAUGACAAAGCAGUGGGAACUAUACGAUAAAAUGGUAAUUUCUUGGCUUCUAAAUUCUUGUGAAGAAAACAUUAGUUCCAGUGUUCUUUACUGUAAUUCUACUGCUUAUAUAUGGAAAGAGUUAAAGAAUAGGUUCUCUCAAUCUAAUGGACCUAAAAUUCUGCAAAUUGAUAAAGAAUUAAAUUCUUUUGAACAAGGAAAUUUGUCAAUUGCUGAGUAUUUUACCAAAUUGAAGAGUUUAUGGGAUGCAUAUGACAGUCUUGUGAAAAUUCCCAAAUGUUCUUGUGCUCUUUGUACUUGUGAUGUUAAUGGUUCAAUUGUUGAGUUGAUUAAGAAUCAAAGACUGUACAAAUUCUUAAUGGGUUUGAAUGGAGCAUAUAAAACUGUUAGAGGCAAUAUUCUUAUGAUUAAACCAGUACCAGAUGUUAAUACUGCUUACAGUAUCUUGAUUCAAGAUGAGACCCAGAGAGAAUUUUCUGAUAAUUCGGCUUCUGUGAGUGAAAAUAAUGCUUUUGCUGUCAAUAGAAACCAGUUUAAUUCCAAUGGAAAUAGGAAUUUUUUUCCCUACAUGACUGGUCAUCAUUUUGGAAAUUACAAUAAAGGGAGAUCUGGGUCUGUUUCAUAUCAAUUUGGUUCUGGUAAUGGUUCUGCAUAUCACAAGAAUCAAGAAAGAAGAAGCAAUUAUUUCUGUGAACAUUGUAAAAUGCAAGGCCACACUAUAGAUAAAUGCUUUAAAACUUCAUCCUGA